AUGUCGCACACCGAAAAGGCCGCCGAGACUGCGGCGUCUACCUCGCCCAUGGACAACAACAAUGACAGUGCCCGCGUGAGCUCGCAGCAGGACUCGUCAGACUCAGAAAAGGCAGCCGCCUCUGCCCCGGCCUCCUCGCCGCCACCGCCGCCACCACCACCAGACGGAGGCGUGACGGCCUGGCUGGUCGUGCUCGGCGGCUGGUGCACCGCCUUUUGCAGCUUCGGCUGGCUCAACAGCAUCGGCGUCUUCCAGCAGUACUACCAGAAGGAGCUCCUUCGCGGCCAAAACGCGAGCACCGUGUCUUGGAUCCCUUCUCUCCAAAUCUUCUUCAUCCUCGGGCUGGGACCCAUCGUUGGCAUGAUCUUUGACCGGUAUGGACCAAGGGGCCUGCUCUUGGUCGGCACGUUGAUGCACGUCUUCGGCAUCAUGAUGGCCAGCAUCAGCACCAAGUACUGGCAGAUCCUCCUCGCGCAGGGCGUCUGCUCUGGCAUCGGCGUCUCUGCCGUGUUCCAGCCCCCCCUGAGCUGCGUCGCCGGCUACUUCAACAAAAAGCGCGGUGCCGCCUUCGGCAUCCUCUCCACCGGCGCCUCCGUCGGCGGCGUCGUCUGGCCCAUCAUGGUCACGCACCUCAUCCGCCGCGUCGGCUUCGGCUGGGCCAUGCGCACCAGCGCCUUGGUCAACCUCGCCCUCCUCGCCAUCCCCAACGUCACCGUCCGCUGCUUCCAGCCGCCCGUCCCCAAAAAGGUGACCGGUGCGCAGCUCGCGCGGCCCUUCCGCGAGGUCGACUACCUCCUCGUCGCCGCCGGCUUCCUCUUCCUCACCUACGGCGUCUUCGUGCCGCUCAACUACCUGCCCGUGCAGGCCGCCAGCACCGGCACGGUGGAACCCGGGCUGGUCCAGUACCUGCUGCCCAUCCUCAACGGUGCGUCGCUGUUCGGCCGGCUGUUCGCGGGGUUCAUGGGCGACAAGAUCGGGCGGUUCAACAUCCUGGUCGGCUGCUGCUACCUCUCGGGCGUCUGGAUCCUGGCGCUCUGGAUCACGUCGAGCACCCAGUCAGCGCUGAUUGCCUUUGCGGCGCUGUUCGGCUUUUCCUCCGGCGCGUACAUCUCGCUGGUCACGCCCGUGGUCGCGCAGAUCUCGCCGCUGCCGGAGAUUGGGUUCCGCACGGGCAUCGUCUUCUUCGUCGCGUCGAUCGGCGGCCUCACGACCAACCCGGUCAGCGGCGCGCUCAUCGACAGCUCCGGGGGCUACACGGGGAUGAAGAUCUUUGCUGGCGUUCUCUGCUUGGUCGGGACGACGUUUAUUCUCGUGGAGCGGGUGCGAAAGACGGGACCAAGACUCGUCGUCGCUUUUUAG